UCCUGACUAUGGAUGAAGGCAGGAUUUAAAGCAACACCAUCAAUACUGGAGGAUGUUUAGUUAUACACAGUUGGGAUUCUCCAGUAUGUUGCUCUUAAUCAAUGUCAUUCUACUCUUGUGGGUAUCCAUUGUUCAGGGACAAGUAUUAUUGAUCCGUGUUGGUUGAAUACGCAUAUGCAGAAUCCAUGGAUAUGGAGGGUCGAUUGUAUACACACACACACAUUUAUAUAUACCCAAACACACUAUGAUAGAAGUGGGACUUUGUAAUUUUCCAAAAAUAAACCAUGGAAUUCUCUAUGAUGAAGAGAAGCCACUUUUCCCAGCUUACACAGGGAGAUUUUUCUACUAUUCCUGUGAAUAUAAUUUUGCAUCUCCUUCAAAAUCCUUUUGGACUCGCAUAACAUGCACAGAAGAAGGAUGGUCACCAACACCGAGGUGUCUCAGACUAUGUUUCUUUCCUUUUGUGGAAAAUGGUCAUUCUGCAUCUUCGGGACAAACACACGUGGAAGGUGACACGGUACAAAUUGUCUGUGAUAAAGGCUACAGUCUCCAACAUGGUGAGAGCACCAUUUCAUGUGCAGAAAGCGGCUGGUCCACUCCUCCCAAAUGCAUACCCUCCAAUAUUUUCUGUGUGAAUCCACCCACAGUGGAAAAUGCUAAUAUAAUAUCAACACCGAUGAGUAGGUAUCCACCUGGCGAGAGAGUCCGCUAUGAAUGUGAGAGACCUUAUGACAUGUAUGGGGAUGUAGAAGUGAUGUGUCUAAACGGAACUUGGACAGAACCACCUCAAUGCAAAGAUUCUCAAGGAAAAUGUAAGACCCCUCCAGCUAUUGACAAUGGAGACAUUACUUCAUUCCCAUUGCAAGUCUAUGCUCGAGGCUCCUCAGUUGAGUAUCAAUGCCAGAACUUGUAUGCACUUCAGGGAAACAAGCGAAUAACAUAUAGAAAUGGACAGUGGUCAGAACCACCAAAAUGCUUAAAACCGUGUGUAAUAUCAGAAGAAAUCAUGGAAAAAUAUAACAUAAUGUUAAGGUGGAAGCACCAACAGAAGUUUUAUGCCCAAACAGGUGAAACUGUUGAAUUCAUGUGUAAACACAGAUACCGCCUGGCAGCAACAUCUCCACCCUUUCGAACGAAGUGUCAGGAUGGGAAACUGGAGUAUCCCAGCUGUGAAAGAGACCCGCAUGGUUCUUCCUGGGGUUAAUAAAAUGCACACCUUUAUUAAGAAUUUUAGUUAUUAAUCCAGUUCUCAUUUUUAUAUUCCAAGUAUUGUUAAACUCAUUUUUAUUCAUAAAUAAGACUUUUUGUCAAGGUGUGACAAUGUAAUUAUAAUCUGAGACUAGUGCCUCACUUCUUAAAAGCGUCAUAUUAAAACUUGGCAAACCAAAGUGCUAUGGAUCCAAUUUAUAAAAUAUCUAUGGUAAGAAAUUAGAUGCAAUUACAUCACAGUCCAUUUUUAUCUAUCACUCUCCUAAAUAGCUCAGCGCUUUCUAUAUAGCUCCUGAUGCUCUCUGCUUCACAGUAAAUGAGAAAGACAUCGUUGUCUCUGUCUUUGAAAUUGUAUCACUUCACACACAUAUGAAAAUCACCCUAAGUCAUACCUUAAGUUAGUGAUAAGAUGUAAGUCAUUACUCCUUAUUAUUAAUUAAUAAAUUCACAAAAAUGAAAUGUA